AUGCCACCCACAGAAGCAUUUCUUCAUGCCUUGUCGGCACAGCAUGCAGGAGGCCUCUGCGGCCUGACGUUGCAGUUGCAGCUUCGUGGAGCACUUGCUGCCUUGCUAGGAAGCUCUUCAGUGAGUCGGCCUUCAACAGCGCAAGACUCAAACGAUGCGUUCAACAAGUUCGCGUUGAAUUGUGCUGCAAGCCGUGAGGCGACAUCUACGACGCGGCCCCCCAGGUGGAGACCUAAGCCAGAAAGCACAAACCUUCCGACAACUUACGCGGCCUUCAGGCCAAGCACAGCUUGCUCGGCGCUGUCGCGGCUGUCGCGAUGUGGCGGCGCAAGACCUUUGACAGCCGGCAUGAGGUGCCUGCUUUCGACCAGACAUCUGACGAGCUUUUAUCGACACGCUCCUGCAGGCAACCGCGGAGCCUUCUCAGAGCCGCGAGCUUACUGUCAAGCGCACGUGAUGUACUGUGUCGGCAAGAUUGGGCACCUGGCCAUCUUCGCAAGUGGACAUGAGUGGCAGUGA